GAUUACAUCCGAGACGGCAAGAUUAGGAGGGGGAGCCCUUACAAAUUAAUUUGCAGAGCAGGACACAGAAAUGGGUCGUGAUGUAGUCUUAAAGGCGACAUGAAGCCGGAUAGUCCAGAGAUCAGAGUUGUUGGAGAGUUAAAGACGGUUUGCAAUAGAGGUGAUGGGGGUAGGAGAUAUCUGGAUCCCAUAUAAAAACCCGUGAGAUUGCGAUUCCUGCUGGCCCAGACGGAACAGAUGAAGUUGAUCGCAUCCGCCACAACCCAGAAUAACUAGACCGUGAUUGUGAGCGCAUCCAACAGCAAAGCAGCAGUGAGGGGAAUGACGGGGAAUUUGAUGCAUAAAUGAAAAUCUGACACUGGUGCACCAGCUGCUGGCCUCUUUCACGCCGCAUAAUGGGAAUAGCAGGAUAACGGUUUUCCAGCGGCUUUUUGCUCCUAGUGGCAAGCGGCACCAAAAUAACCAGGUCAACAGUGAGCACGUGUUUUUGAACUAAGUUAGGCAUUUGUCUGAUCAGAUCGGCGGAAUGGUGUUUUUGAGAUGUCGGCGGAGCAACUAUGUAUGGGCCACUCUGGGUGUGUUGGCGUUGUUGUGGCUCUACAUCUUCCCAGUUUACAGGAUCCCCAGCGAUAAAGAAAUGGUGGAUGAGGUUCUUCGGCAGGGACAAACCUGGACCAGAAACCAAACCGGGGUAGAUCUGUACAGGAAGCUGCUGACAGAAUGCUGUGACCCAAAGAGGAUGUUUGCAGUUACUAAGGAGAAUUCGCCAAUAGGCAAAGUGUUGUGGUACGAUGGGGAGAUCUACCAUUAUCACAGAGUCAACAAUGAAACCUACCCAUUAUUUGUUCAGGAUACACCAUUGCACCUUCCUCUGAAGAAGUGUUCAGUUGUGGGCAAUGGAGGGGUCCUGAAACACAGUUGCUGUGGAAAAGAAAUUGACCAAGCUGACUUUAUCAUGAGAUGUAAUCUUCCUCCUCUGUCCAAAGAGUACACUGCUGAUGUUGGUACACGAACACACCUGGUGAGCGCGAAUCCUAGCAUUAUUGAAAAGAACUUUCAGAAUCUACUAUGGUCCCGCAAAUCCUUUGUGGAAAGUAUGAAGGCAUAUGGUUCCAGCUACAUCUACAUACCAGCGUUCUCCAUGAAGCCUGGGACUGACCCCUCCCUGCGGGUAUACCACUCCCUUGCAGACUCCGCCUCCAACCAGACGGUCCUCUUUGCCAACCCGGACUUCCUUAAAAACGUUGGUCGAUUCUGGAAGAACCACGGCGUCCAUGGCAAACGGCUGUCCACGGGGUUGUUCCUGGUUAGUCUUGCCCUUGGUUUGUGUGAAGAGGUGACCACUUACGGUUUUUGGCCGUUUUCGGUGGGGCUGGAUGAGCAACCGGUUAGCCACCACUAUUAUGACAACAUACUCCCAUCCUCGAGAUUUCACGCCAUGCCUGAGGAGUUCCUGCAACUCUGGCACUUGCACAAGACUGGCACACUGCGUAUGCGGGUUGGUGAUUGUGCAAAAGAAGGACAGUAGCCUAAAAUGGAAAAAUAAGUGGAAGUGUUGCCAGGGCAACUCCGUAUAUCCCCACUGGAACAGAAUGGCCGGGACAGCGAUUAGCAUGUGAAUACUGUGGGUUGUAAGGUGGUGCCCUUCCCCCAAAGCUGGGCCUCUCUUUGGUGUUUAUAUGCUUGAACCUCAACUGCUACCAACUCACCCCACCCUCUUGUUGCCAAGGGACUGUUGUAAAGACUUGCAUGUGUACCCAUCCUCAUGUAUGCACUCACUGGAAGCUUGUUGUGUCCGUCCAAAGAAGUGCUGGGGUGAUGAGGGGCUCAGGUGUCAUGUGACCCAUUUAAACCUCAUCCACCAGCAGACCCUUGAAUCUAAAGACUAUUUGUUCACUUAAAAUAAAGACAGACUGGGGGAAGGGCUGCUUCAAACAAUGUCUUAAGAACUUUAAACGGGAACCCAGAAAUCGGAAGCAAUGCUCUGACAAUUUUUGUUCUGUUUUGUCUUGAACGCUGAUUCUUUUAGAGUUUUGAUGAAAUGGAAUAAGGAAUAAUGUGGAAAUCCCUCUUGCUGUGUUCACAUGUAAACAAAUCAGUGUAAAAACACAGGUUUCGCCUGGAAAAGGGAAGGCAUUGAAUGUACAGCCACAGUUUUAUAAACACGUUUCAAAAACUUGAGACUGGUUUAAAGUCACGGCUGCAGUUCAUGUAUUAUUGUGAAUAUAUUUCUAGUUGUAUUUAUUUUUAACCUUUUUAAUGAAGUAGGACAUUUACUGAGAACCAACUUUUCAGUCAAGAUCAGUCAUGAAACUCAUUUUUUACAUGACCAUAGUGCUUUGUCAAGUUUGGAGUGGGAAGUCAUGGGUUGAGAGACCACAUCUAGUUGGAAGUCCUCCACGAAACAGAUGAAGGCCCAAAUUCUGUAGAAGAGUGAGUGAAUUGUAUGUGUACUAAUGGAAAAAGUAUGAUUGAGUUCAUGGUGACUCCUGUGAUGGCAUCUUUAAGUAUUGCUUGUGUUAUUUGUAUGUGUUUGAAUUUAGUCAUUACUAGUUCUUUGGGGUACCAAUCAUAAGAUAAAUGUUUUUUUGUUUUUUUUGCCUGCUAAGGUGCUGGACACCUAUUUUCGGAAUGUGUAAAUACUCAAUCACCAGUUUCUUUACUGUUUCCACCAGAAUCAUGGGUUCUCUGAAUGUAAUGGCAGCCAUUUUAGUAGUCUGCCCUGUAACUUGUUUCCUUUAUUUUUUUUUAUUUUUUUCUUUGUUAAACAAGGAAUUAGGUUUAAAAUUGUAUGAGUUAGCUGAUACAAAUGCACUCCAGCUUAGUCUUGAUAUAUCAUCAAUGUAAUAGUUAUGACUAUUAUUUUCAUAUAAAGCCAGAAACCUCAGUAUUUAUAGGGUUAGCUCACCCAAAAAUGGCACUUGUCAUCAGCUACUUACCCCAUGUCAUCCCAAAUAAGAAUUUAUUUAAUCUUCUAAGCACAAUUUGAGAUAUGUUUAAUGUAACCAGAGAAUUGUAAGCUCCAUUGAAAGCCUACAUUAAAAAAAAAACAUUGUAAAAGCAAUCAAGCGGUUUAAUCCAAGCCUCAUGAAGAGGCAUGAAGAUAUAAGUUAUACAUUAAGAUUGAUCAACGCACACAACAUGCAUGUGUGCAUCUUGAAUAUGGUAAAUGGAAGCCCAACUGUUCGUUCCUUGAUGCGCAAGAAAAGACUUUGUUGGUUUUCAUUUGAACUUUCUGAAACGUCAAAGUUUUGAUUUAAUUGACCUACAGUGGAGGGACAGAAAUCUCUCAGAUUUGUCUUAUGGGUUUAGAAUGACAUGAGGGUGAAUAAAUGAUGAAACAUUUUCAUUUUUAGAUGAACUAUCUCUUUAAUGGGAGAAAAACGUUGCCUUUAAAUGUGUCUGCCAUUUAAAGCAGGUGUGUUAGCAUUCAGGUUUGACUAACUAGCUUUGUGAGAUUCUCCUAAAACUGUUGUUCCACUAUCUAAUUCUACAUUCAGUUUACACUUUCAUUUCCACUACAUGAAAGAAAAAACUGAAUGUAGCAUAAUGUUACCCGUGGCAACACUGAGAAUACGUACUUGAAACUGAUUGAAAUGAGUUCUGACAGAUUUUAGCUAGAAGUUAUUGUGUAUCUUGUACAUGCAUACUGUUUGUGCAUUAAUAUUGACAAACUCUACAAUGACCAUAACCGUGUCAUAUUUCACUCCAAUCAAAAGAAAAAUGGCAAAUAAGCUUAUUUAAUUGACAUUUCUCAUUAGACAGCACAACAAAUAAUGGUGAAUAAAUACUUAUGCUUAAUGGUGUUUAUGCAGGGGCAUGGAAAAAAAGUUUUCAUUUUUGGGAUGAAUUUUGACCCAGGCUUGUUCCUAGCAGGUUUUGCAAGGAAAUGUGUGCGCUCAUCUGAGUAUCUGCAGAAAUUCCCAUUACCAUAUUUUCACACUUUAAGCCAAUGAGUGCCUUUAUCGAUAUUAAAAAGGCUUUGGGCAUUAUUUUAUCAAGGACAAGUUUUUAACCAAAUCUAAGAAUUAUUUAUUGUUCCCUCAAACUCAGACUUAAAUAACCUCACAGAAUUGUUUUGAAGCAGUUUCAAGUAAGGCUGACGUGAAGAAAUGUGGAAAGACCUACUAAUUGAAUCAUUCAUUAUGAUUUGUGAUAAGUGAAUGGAUGUGAAUUACAAAAUAUGUUACCAUUUGUUGAAGGGCCAAUGUGCAUUACUUUAAUAUUUUAAACAUCUUCAACAAAUUGCCAGGAGACCACAACUUUAGGAAGCUGGGGAAAGUGUUAAUUGCUGAAGCUGAUGUUUUUUGUUUGUUUGUUUGUUUUUUGCACCUUUUUGUGUUGUUUAGUAUUGUGAAUAAGUGAGGUUGUAGUUUGUAACUAGGCAUGCACAAUGAUUUGUAAUUGGGAUUUGAAACCGAUUUGAAGUGAGAAAGUCACAAACAUUUAUGUAUUUUACGUUCUGCCCUUUGAGCCAUAUGAGGAUGUGUGCCCUGUUGAAACUGAGCUUACCUCAACUGUACUAUUCACUGUUCAAUUCAUUGAAGCUCACGGGAACAUGGAUCUUAGGUAUUUAAGUAUGUUUUACUCCACUAAGCUGUAAAUGUGUCAAUCAUCUCAAUCUUCUUGGCUCAAGCAGUUGGUGUUUGUACUUGAGCAUGUCAUCUGCUAACAGUAAACAGGAACAGGGCUGGAUGUUGUUUACGUGCCACCUGUGUUAUGCCAGUAUUGCAAAUAUGAUCAGAAAAAAAAUUAUUUCAAACAAUAAAGACAUCCUGUAAAUGCGCUAA